AUGGCAUCUGCAACAGCACGUUAUCCAUUGAAACCAAAAACUUUAACAUUACUUGAAUUAUGUCAAUCAUUUCAAGACUUUCGUCAUCCACCUACAUCAUCAUCAUCAUCAUCAAGUUCUUCACAUGUUCUUACUCGUCGUAUCUAUCUUCAUCCAUUAACAUUAAAUCCACAUUCAAAACAACCAUUAUCUAAAACAUCUUCUACUCAUUCUCUUGCAACAUUUGAUCAUGAACAACGUGCUCAUCAUGUAAAUUCGGAUAAAAAUCGUGAAAUACAUCAAAUUAAAAAUAAAUCAUCAUUUCAUGGUCUUGCUGUUUUUUCAUCAUCAGCUCCAAUAACAACACGUAUCAGUACUAAAUCUGAUACUCGACAUAUUCGUGAUAAACAAUCUAUAAAUAUUGAUGAAGAUACAAAUUAUGAUUAUGAUACAAGUACACUAACUAUUUCUUCAAGUCAACCUAGUUUACAAUCAUUGACUCGAGGUACAUCAUCAAGUACACAUAAAAUAUGUACUCGUCCAUCAUGUGUAAUGAAUAAUCACAAAACUUAUUUAAAAUCAAAUCAAUGGGAUAAAUUUGAUGUAUGGGAUCAUUUAGAUCAAACAUUACAACGACCAAUGCCAAAUGAUCCACCAACAACACCAUAUAAUACUGUUAUAGAUUUAAAUAAAGAAAAUGAUGAAUCACAACAACAAUAUUCAAAUUAUAAUUUUAUUCAAGAAAUUAAAAUCUAUAAACGAAAUCCAAGAGAAAAAUCAAGUAUAGAUCAAAAUGAUAAUAAUAAUAAUAAUAAUAAUGAUGAUGAUGAUUAUAUUUAUUAUGACAAUUAA